UUUCUGAGAAUAACAGUGAGAGAAAAAAAAACACAGGCUGAGAAAAAUGGGGAUAGUGGCAGCCAUAGGAGUGUUACUGCCAUUCCCAUUCUACUACUGGCUGUGGACAUCUCCACAAGCAUGGGUAAAUUUAUGUGGGAAAGGCCAAGACCCUUCAAAAGUAAUGGCUUAUGUCUCACAUUUCUUGAAGCUCUUGCAGUUCAUUUCUCUAUAUUCAGUUUCCUCUCUUUCCUGGCCUCCUCCUCUCUACUUUUAUCCACUUUUUCUCUUUGGCCAGUUCCUCAAUUUCAGGGUGUAUCAAUUACUUGGUGAAUCAGGCAUUUACUAUGGUGUACGCUUCGGAAAGAACAUUCCAUGGGUAAAAGAGUUUCCAUUUGGCUUUAUAAAAGAUCCUCAAUAUGUAGGGAGCAUUGUAAGUCUUCUUGCAUGUCUGACCUGGGUCCCCUUUCAGUACAUUCUUUUGUGGGUUUUGGGCUAUUUGUUCAUUAUACAUGUGGAAUCAAAGGAAGACCCAGCUACUCGCGCGAAGCCACUCUCAUAAUUAAAGAGUUGCAGUAGACUGACCAGUGAUCAGAAGAAUUAAAUGGGAAAAAAUUUGUCUCCAAAUUCUCUUCCAGUGCAUCUGCUUCUAGUAGAGUACUUUUUUUAUCUUUGAUUAUUUACUUCGGUUGACAUUUUUCUCUAUUAGUUGGCUAUCGGUAAUGACAUUGACUCAAUCUUUAUGCAUGAUACUUUAGAAUCA